UUCGGCAAUUGACUUAGAUGAAAAUGGUCGCAUAUGAAACUUGUUUUGGGAAGAUGCAAGGAGUAGGGCGACUUAUAAAGCAUUUUGGGGAUGUUGUCUCCUUUAACGCAACCUAUUUGACAAACAAAUAUUAUAUGCCAUUUGCUCCGUUUGUAGAAGUUAAUCACCAUGGACAGUCAAUAUUGUUUGGUUGUGGGUUGUUAUCUAAUGAGAACAUUGAGACGUUUGUGUGGCUCUUCAAAGAAGGGCUAAGUUGCAUGUCAGAUGCUCCCUCAAAAGCUAUAAUAACUUACUAGUGUAGAGCUAUGCAAAAUGCCAUAGAAAUCGUCUUCCCACAGGCUUGACAUCGUUGGUGCUUACAGCAUAUAAUGAAGAAAAUUCUAGGGAAAUUAAGAGGAUAUUCGCAAUAUGAAUCCAUAAAGGUUGCUUUGCAAAAUGCAAUUUAUGAUUCAAUUACAAAAGAUGAAUUUGAGGCAUAUUGGCUUGCAAUGGUUGAAAAAUUCAAUCUGAAUGACAACGAGUGGUUGGAGGUAUUAUACCAUGAGUGACAUAGGUGGAUUCUUGCCUAUGUUAAAGACAUAUUUUGGACUGUCAUGUCAAGUACACAACAAAGUGAGAGCAUGAAUGCAUUUUUUGAUGGAUAUGUGAACUCGAAGCCUACUUUAAAGCAAUUUGUUGAACAGUAUGACAAUGCCUUGAGAAGUAAGGUGGAGAAGGAGACAAAAGCAGAUUUUAAAUCUCAUAACCAAUUGUAUGAUUGCUUAACAGUGUAUCAUUUUGAGAAGCAAUUUCGUCCAGCAUACACAAAUUCAAAAUUUAAAGAAGUUCAAGCAAAAAUGAAGCAUCUAGUGUACUGUCGUCCGAAUCUUGUCAAAGAGGAGGGUACACAUGCAUUCCAACCACAUAUACUAACUUUAGGGCUACUCUAAAUCCAAAGUUGCAUGAUAACUAUCACAAGACGUUGGAUGAGAUCCUAGAACUUGCCACCAAUGAUGAUGGUAAACACAAAGUGAUUCAACUUGGGUUGAUGGAAAUCAAGGAUCGAGUGGGAACAAUUGAAUCAGGUAGCGGGAGUAAUGUGCCAUGUAGUAGUAUUGUACCACCUUCUACUAGUAUUGUACCGCUUUCCCAUCCUUUACUAAAAAGUCCGCCUAGUCUUAAUACUACAAAAGCAAGCAACACUCACAAGGUACUCAGUCCUUUGGUUGCUCAUCGAAGAGGCCGUCCAUGUACGAAACGGAAGGUUAGCAAGGUUGAUCAAAUAGUGAAUCGGUUCAAGGGAAAGAAUAAGAAGACUACUCCCGUACAGGUGCCGCAAGAUCAACCUUACUAUUUUCCUUCUAUGGUUGGCACACAAGACAAUAUGUAUCUACCGGUGCCGCACGAUCAACCUUACUAUUUUCCUUUUAUGGUAGGCACACAAGACAGUAUAUAUGUACCGGCAUGGGUUAGCCCAAUGCAAACGGCGGGACAAUAUUGGAAGUACAUCUCGUACUCAAUCAGGAAUGAUCAAUAAUAUCAGUAAUCAAAGUUCGACAGUAGCAUCAACAUUUGUUGACUUGAAUAUAGAUGUGGAUCCAAAUGCCCUAUUUUUUUUAUUUUAUUUUAGUUUUGCAGUAGUAAUUGUAUGACAUUCGUAUGUAGACUUUGGAUCCAAAUGUUGGCUUUAUUUUGUGGCAGUUUGUGUUUGGUUAAUUUAUUUAUCCAACAAUAGAAGUAUGUUUUGUGUUUGUGUUGGCAGUAUGUUUUGCAACAAUGGAUAUAUUAUGGCUGUAGUAUGUUGGGUUCAU